AUGUCCAGGUUGUUGACAAAUGUUGCCACACUGCCCUCUGAUGCUUAUACCAACUUGACACCCACCAAAAACAGCACGGAAUCGUCUGUGACCACACAGGAAACCUGGUCCUGGGAGCAGUACUUGAGAGAAGGGAAUGCUGUGGCCGCACCUGUAGAACUGUUUUCCAAGGGAAUCUUCGUGCCCAACAUUUACACCACUAUGUUGUAUUUUAACCUGCUGAGAGAGGCGUACAUGCUAUACGUCUCACGGCAUCUGCCGUGCUGCUUCCAGAAGCUGUUGCGGGAUCAGUCCUUUCCGGAGCAUGAAAAUGGCUUUCAGGUUGGAAUGAGAUUGGAAGGCAUUGAUGCCCGACGUCCGUCUGUGUUCUGCGUGCUUUCUGUAGCUGAGGUGUGUGGUUACCGGCUGAGACUGCAUUUUGAUGGUUAUUUAAGCUGCUAUGAUUUUUGGACCAAUGCUGGUUCCCCCGACAUUCACCCAGUGGGAUGGUGUCAAAAGACCAAGCAUGAACUACAUAUCCCUCGAGAUUAUAGAAAAGAUAAAUUUGUUUGGAUGGAUUACUUGAAGGCCUGUAGAUUGCAAAAUGCUCCUAAGAAAUUAUUCAGAAACAGAAGUUCUAAUGGUCCAGUGCCAAAGGAGUUUCAGGUUGGGAUGAAGGUGGAGGCAGUGGACAGGAGGAACCCUUGCCUGAUGUGUGUGGCCACUGUGGCAGACAUCGUGGAAGACCGUGUACGGGUGCAUUCUGACAGCUGGGACGAUAGCUUUGAUUACUGGUGCGAUGUUAGCAGUCCUUGUAUCCAGCCAGUUGGUUGGUGUCAGGAGAAUGGAAGAAAUCUGGUCACACCGCCAGGUUAUCCUGGUCCAGAUAAGUUUUCCUGGGCAGACUACCUGCAAGCUACUCAAGCAAAGGCGGUCCCCGCCAAGGCCUUUAACACGAGGGCUCCACACGGGUUUUUGCCAAACAUGAAGUUGGAAGCUGUGGACAAACGGAACCCCCGGCUAAUCCGCGUCGCUACCGUUACAGACGUUGAUGACUACAGAGUAAAGAUUCACUUCGAUGGCUGGGACCACAAGUAUGACUAUUGGAUGGAUGCCGACAGUCAGGACAUCCACCCCAUUGGGUGGUGCGAUGUGACAGGGCAUCCACUGGAAGUGCCAUAUGGGUCAGAGCAUGUGAAGAUCCUUCCAGGUCAACCUGCCUGCCCUACUCCUGGGUGCCGAGGAAUAGGCCACAUCCGAGGUCCGCGUUAUGCAGGACACCACAGUGCUUUUGGAUGCCCAUACUCAGAUGUGAACUUGAAAAGGGAGGCAGCGCUUCAGGAUCGCCUGAGAGAACAAACACAGGCAAAUCUGGAAUUUGAUCCUUCACAUUCCAAAUCAGAAAACCUCUGUAAUUUGAAUUUCAAUGGAAAAUGUGAAGAAGUGGACAGUGAAUGCAGACUUGUACAGCAGGCAAAGUGUUUGAAAAUCAAAGGAAGAGAAGAUACUGACUUGGAUAAUCUCUUCAGAGCAGAUAGAUGGCAAGGCCUUCCUGCUUCUAACCCAGGCAGAUAUUGUCAAAGUGAUGAGAAUCAAACUGGGCCCAGCACUGAAGAUUUACAAUUCUAUCCUGAUGUUUAGGAACUCCCAGGAUGUCACUGAAGACGCUGCCUCUGGCCAAGAAACCAGGAGAUAAAUGUGCUCCUGAACAUCCACUGACAGCAGGACUUGUGCUUUUGGGAACAUGGCUGGCAGUCAUCCAUUCGAAUCUAAUGUCCCCACGGUCAUACCAAAUAUUUAAUCUGGACCCAUUAAAGUAUCUGGUUUCUGCAUAUGGCGGACUUUGAUAAAUGACCAAGUGCCAGUGAGUUGGAUGCUUAGUUAGGUCCAAGUGUGGGUUUGGGUGGCAUCCCUACUGCUUGCGUGCUGCAGCAAACAGACCGACGAAGCCACUGUGUGCAUCUCUACCCUCCCUUCUAAAAGAAAACACGUCCCAUUCUGCAAGUGUGUCUCACGUGGUAAAAUGCCAGGAAACCGAUUCAUUAAUGCAUCGUUAAUACAUGCAUCAGAACUACAUCUGAACACAGCUUGCAUCUGUCAUCUGGGAGCCUUGAGUGGAAGAGAUAGGGUCCUGGCGCUCUCACGGAGACUAACGAGGUUUCUGGGUCCUUAAAACUCAGGAAAGUGAAUCUUGUUAAAAGUGCUAAUAUAAGCACAUUGUUUCCGUGAUCCACGAAUUGGCAUUUUUAUUCCUUACCAUUCCUUGGUUGUGGUUCCAAGGUGCCCUGGAGCCCACUUCAAGGAGUGUGCCCAGAGGUAACAGGAGUGGUUGGCGGCCAUUCCAGGAACCUGCUAGGACACUCCUGAGGAUUUGCAGUCAGGGCUAUCUCUCCCAGACUUGGCAUUGGUCAAAGAUCCACCUGCAUGAAAUUCCUCCAGCUCCCACCCUGGUGAAACUUCAGAUGGACUCUCCCCUCAUCUGUUGAUGAUUAAAACAACAAUCAGGUCUGGUUUCACCUCUACAGAGGUAUAGCAGCAGGACAAGAAGACCUCCACAGAGGAGCUCAGGAUCUGUUGACUGUGGCAUUCGAGUUGUGGGAAGACCACUUCCUAGUUGCGAAUAAUUAGAACCCCAAGUCUACAACUCUUUGUCCUUUUUCGUGUGGUAGCAAUGGCAGCUAUCCUCCUGGAAACAAAGGUCCACUGUCUCAUCCAUCAGGUGUGGGCACCAAAAUGGAAGCCACAACAAAAAUGCAGACCUGACCUUAUCUUUCUGCUACAUUGAGAAUGUUCUCAACUUAACAAAGUUGAUUCUGCUUAGAGAAUGUCUCUAACUUUAGGUCACUGAAAAAGAAAAAUAUCUUGAAGAGAAAUCCUUAAGUGCUUUAAAGGUAAAUUUGAUAUGGAAUAAAGAAUCACAGCUUCUCCUGUCUGUGGUGUUUUGUUUGUUGGGGUUUUUUGGUAGACUUUUAUAUGGAAUAAAGAAUUGCUGCUUCUACUGUUAAAGUUGUAACAUAUUUUAAAUGUUAAUAAAAUGUGAAAGUAGACUCUC